ACUCACCAUGUGAUCUAUCUGCCUGGCGUCGUUGCUGGGCUGAAGUUUCUGCGGCUCCUUCUUGAUCUUGAAGGGAAAGUGGGAGCAGGUUGUCUCAGCAGUUCCUUUGGCUCUUGGCCCUUACUGGGGGAAGUUGUCUUUGACGCAAAACUCCUCUGAAUCGUGUGGUGUGAGUGAUGGCGGACUACUUCAUGGGAAAUUUCACCACCGAUUGCCCGAACGGAUCCUACUUUGUUUGGAAAGUACUGAAAGAGUGCACCGAGAACGGUAGAGAUACGACGAGUGUUGUUCUGGGCUUGUUCUCCGUCUUUUGUUUCAUGAUGGCUGCUUUCCCACAGUGUUACAGUUCUUAUCUGAAUGGAAACAUGGACCAAGCUGUAUCAAUCUGGUUCCUGAUAGGUUGGCUGGCUGGUGACUCAUGCAAUGCUCUUGGUGCAUUCUUAGCUCAGCAAUUGCCAAUACAGAUUUACACUGCUGUGUAUUAUGUUGUGGUGGAUGUGAUAAUGGUCUCACUGUAUAUUUAUUAUGCAAUAAAGAACAGGUCCAGACCAGAUGGAACUGUAAUCAAUGCCGUUGUUGCAUUUGUGAUGCUUGGAGCGAUGGUCUCUUUGUUACCAGGAAAGCAUUUGGGGUCUUCAGUUCAGGACGUACCAAAGUUUACUAGGCGUUCUCUUUUGGCUUUUUCACACGUCUCUGCUAACCAGGAAUUUACUACUCAAGAAAUCAUCGGAUUUACAAUUGGCUCCUUCUCAUCUGUGUUCUACCUGGCGUCGAGGUUACCACAGCUGUGCAGAAAUUCAAAAAGGAAGUCCACAGAAGGCAUAUCCCCUCUUCUCUUCAGCCUGAUGAUUCUGGGAAAUCUGACAUAUGGUCUGAGUGUGCUGCUGAAAGACCCGAGGCAAGGUCAAAGCAAGGGGAAUUAUGUCGUACACCAUCUUCCUUGGUUGAUCGGUAGUUUGGGAACCAUGGGAUUCGACAUGAUUAUUUUGUUUCAAUUCUUCAUCUAUCAAGAACGGGAAUUUGAAGAAAGAAGACCAUUGAUUUAAUUCAAGUGGACAUUGAACUCUUUAGCAGUGAGGCAGUGCUUUCCAGUAACUGUGACCACCGUCUACGGGAAAGCCUGUUUUUGUUUGGUUUUUUUUUUUUUUUGAAAACAAUUUUGAAGCUAGACCUACCCAGGCCUUUACUGGAUUUCAAGCUGUUAUUAUAAGGAAAUUAUUUGGAAAAACUCUCCAACUUUAAAUCACCACCAGAGAGAGAACUCACCUGUAAGAGCAAUUCUUUUUGUGCAUCAUUACAUUGCUACUGUGACUGAAGAUAAAUGUUCAGUGCCUAAUAUUUAGACCUCAGAAAUCAAUCAACACACAAAGCCAUUGCCAAGGAUGAAGUAGGUGCCAAAUGCAUCUAAUCAAACCAUCUCACUCCUUCACUCUGGACCAGUGGUUUUGAAUUGGCUUUGACUGCACAACUACACCAGGUCAUUCCUUACUUCUCAUGUGUGAGGAAGGCCGUUGUCGAUCCAUCGGGGGCAAGCUGCUGCUAUACUAAUCCAAUCUGUAAUGUGAAUGUGUGGUUCUUAGGAGUAACUGGAAAUCUCCCAUCCUACUUCAAACAAUGUUACAUCCAAAAUGAAUGCAAUUAUUAUCUAUUGCAAUCCAGUAAAACCAUAGCAACUCUGGAUAGCAAAAGGAACUUAACAAUCUUCAUUACUGCUAGAUGCAGUCUAGAUUUUAGAAUUUUAUUGAAUCCAGAAUACUAAAUAUAAAAGGCCACAACACACAAGAAGUGGUUUCAAUCUGAAGGUAUAUUGCUGUCUGAUAUUAUACUCAACCUUUCUGAUUUGAUUCCAGACCUGUACUGACUUCGCUACGGCAUUCCCAGGAUGAGGAGGAAAUCAACCACAUCCCUGAUUGUUAUCCAAUAACUCUAACGGAUAAGUGUCUGUCUACAUUGAGUAUGAGCACAUUGGUUGGUGGAUAAUCUGGUGCUUGCUGGCCAGGAUCCCAAUUGGAAAUGCCCACUUGAACAAGGCUGCAAUAAGUGCAGAAUUGUAUCCCAGCAAGGAGUAGAUGUCCUGGAGGGGGUAGGGAGAAGUGGGAACCCAAGCUGCUGGGGCUUGAUUUUUUUAGACCUCCAGUGGAGUCAGGUUCAGAGGAGAUCUGGAGCUAAAAGCUGAGGUGUAGCUCAUGUGCUGGUUCUUCAGGCUGUAUCUCACACCCAGGUAGGAUGGGGUCUGAUCUAGCCUGUUAAUAGUUACCCAAUCAAAGGAGGUCAGCUAGGAUUUUUCAGCCAGUCUUCGGGAGGCAGGAGCCAGCAAAGUUGCUGGUUGCAGACUGGGUGAGUAGCACUCCAAUCUGGUUUAGAGGUUUGGUGUGCAUGAACGAGAACAGUCACAGUUCAUCCUAUAGAGGUGGCCUGGCUGUAAAAGCCAUUUCUUUAAACUUUAGCCUUGACCUCAUUUGGAUGGUGAAUCCACUGUCUUGUCACUGUCACGGUGGAGAAAAUCACGAUGAAUGUGCACUUUCCUCAUGGUGCCGGCUUUGACUCUAACAGUGCGAUUCAAAGGCCUUCACUAACUCCGUGCACUAGGCUGCUUGUAAUUACAGCUAUGGUUUAAAAUGGUGUGAACUGGAACUGAAAUACAUGACUGUAAAUGUCAUACAUAACAAUCAGGUCAUUGAGAUUUUAUUCUUAAAUUUGAGGGAUGUGGUUGGAAUUUUUAAAAAAUUUACCAGGAUUCUGGAAUUUUGAUUUCAAUCAUCAGGGUCCAUUCAGAAUGUGAAAGAUUUUUGUCUCCCGAAGGCUUAGGGAGCAGCAAAGCUUAAUUACGCCAAAGGAUUUAAAUUUUAAUGUGUUACUGAUUUAAUCAGUAUUCCUUUGACAGAAUCCAGCUCCUAAACUGCAAAUUCCCUGUCUUAAGCUUACUUUUACUUGCUGCAUCCUCCCUGUAUCGAAAUCAAGAUUCAAAGAAUUAUCUGUUCGUAACCUAGUUUUUAGUCCGAACUGUCACUUCCUUUAGUUUUCCUUUCCUCCUACAUUUGGGCAAACUUUAAAGAGAAACAGAAAUCCGACAUGGUCUUCUUUUGAACUUUUCUCUCUUGCCCUUUUAGAAUGCUCUCUUUCCAUCUUGUCACUUGUUUACUCAAUUAAAAAUGAUUUUGCACAGUACAUAGUAUUAUCCCCCUUAACCUGUGUGUGUGUGGGCCAAAGGUAUAUCCUCAUUGUUCAUCACUUUGCACAUUACAUAGACAAAUUAUGUAGAAGUUUACUUGGUUUCUCAUUCUGUCCAAAGGUUCAACAAAACAUUUUAUUUCAAGUUGCUAUAUUUUUUUAAAAACGGCUUCUAGGUUUUAUCCACUCUAUAAUUGUUUGCCAUUGAGAAUGACUUGUGCACACUUUAAUCAAAAAGCAUAUCCAAUCUUCUACCUGGUUGAGUUGCGUAGCCAGCAGUUGGCUGCACUCACUGCCUUUCUCCUGGGUCUGCACGAAUUGAAAGAAAUUUUCUAUGACCACCAGUUAUUAAAUAAUUUGAAAUUGGGAUCUGAUUGGCAAAUAAUUCCUUGAUUUAAUCUUAAAAGGAGAAAAGGGAUUGAUUGGUGAAUGUCUUUAACCAUUGGCAGUGUUUAGCACUGGCAGGCUGAGCCUGUCCAUUAAAUGCAAAUGGUGGCAGCUUCAUUAUAAUGCCAGAACCUGAAGCUUCAGUCUUUGCUUUUGGUUUAGAAAGUUUUCUUUAAAACACAGAUCUGUACUGUUACCUAGUUUGCAUUGUGUGGUUGGUCCGUUCCCCUGGGGUGCUCUGUCACCAAGGUCUUGCUAAUGUCCUGACUGAAAUGUGCAUGGUGCUAUUCUGGCUGCACAUGUUUGCUGGCAAUGAAGUUUUACCACUAGUUUACUGGCAUUAUUUUUAGAAAUGCAACAGAUUGCACUAAAAGACUAAGCAUAUCUUUUAAAUUAGAAAAACAGAAGCCCAAUUUCUCGAACAGUCUCGGGGAAGUGAGAGGUCCUGAACAACUAUUUAAAAUGGUUUGAUUCAUAAUUAAUCUCUAUGUCAGUUCUGAAUUGAUUCCACAUUCUUUAAUUCCUUGCAUAACACAGUCUUGUCAAUCUUUGGGCUUGAUUUGUCAGUCGACGUCACUUAUUCAAUGCAGCUUACCAGCUUUUUCUUUGAUGGUGGGUUCGGUGGGAGGGAACUGGUGGUUGUAGAAUGUAAGUUCCAGGUUUACACUGAUGUGUUUACGGUAAGAACUCUCCCCAAGUAUCUUACAAACCAUGCAACCACUUGAGGGGGUUGCUUAAGACUAGAAUUUAGGCCCAAGAUGAACUCUUAUAAAUAACAUCAGGUAAAUUCUAUGAAGUGUUACAACCAAAGGGCAUUUUCUUGCAGUUAGGGAUUUAAGCUGAAAUCAGAGUGUCAGCAACAGGCCUUUAGAGCAUGGGAGUCAUUAGAACUAUAAAUGAGUUUGGUUUUACGAUUGAGUGAUGUGUAGGUUCUGGCCAAAAGGAUUUGUUGACUUAUACACAAUUCAGAGGACAGAAUAUUGUAGAAAUGCACAGCAGAUCUUUCAGUUCCGGAAAAGGGAAGGCAGGUUAAUGUUAUUGAGGAGACCCACUGGGAGUUCCCACUUUGGAUAUUCACCUCACUUGGAUCAUGAUUUUGUUUCCAGAACAAUGCUGAGAAUCAGCUGUGAUACAUUUGCUGUAGGAAUCAGCCCUUGUCACUUUAGCAGUCAGUCCUUGCAUGUUCAAAUUACCCGAUGUGUCUUGGCUGUCUGAUUUGCAGGGAUUUUCAUUUUUCAAGUAAAUGGUGCUAAGACAACUUGUAAAUCACCAAAUUGUAGGGUAACUGUUUCAUCAUUCAUUAUGCAUUACAUUUUUUAAUCUUAUGAUGAGACACUGUUAAUCUAUGAUUUAGAUUUUUAUUUUCACAGUACGUUUAAGAUUCUUUUGAACUAUUUGUUUCUCUUCCAGUUGAAAUAGUAUUCAAGAUUACUAUAAUAUAGAUGCUGUUUUAUAUUUGAUGUAUACUAAAACAAUUUCUGGGUUUAUGUUCCUUUUUGUUCAGCCUUGAUAUAUUUGGGUUUUGUUUCUUCCUGAAUAUUCUUGUUUUAAAUAGGAUUGGCUCAGCAACAUUCAGUCAAGAUAAAACACAUUAUUUGCAAUCUGGAAAACAUUUUUGAUGGAGCAGAUAAAAUAUUUAUACUACCAAUUGCUAAAUGCUUUUAAAGGGGGGAAAAGGAAGCAGUCUGGCCAUAUAUGUGAUAGUGGGAGCUCUUCAUAGAAUCAUGCAGCAAAGCAGGAAGUUUUCAGCCCAUCACGCAAUGCCAGUUCUUAGAGGAUGUCAUCCAAUUGUGCUUUUUUUUUUGGUCCCUUCCCACCCAAUAAUCAUGAAAUGUUUUCAAUUUCUAAUUCUGUUUUGAAAAUUACAAUUUAAUCUGUUUUCACCAAUUUUCAAGGCAUUCUAGAUCAUCCUAACUUCCCAGGGAUCCGUACAUGAAGGGGAUUUCUAUCUGCUUCAUUUGCCAAUUCCCUUUUAUAUCUGUGUGCUGGUGGAGAUUGACUCUCCCAGCUGGCUGGGGUGAUACUGUUUCCACUACCAAAAUCUUUUCAAUUUUGAGCAUUACUCAAUUUCCCCUUAACCUUUUCUGCUCUAAGAACAAGCUGCACUUUUCCAGUCUCUCCAAAUGACACAGCCCACUUCUUCAGCACCCUUGGCAUCCUUCAAAGUGUGGUGACUGGAACUAAAUGCACUAUUUCAGCAAAGGCCUAGUCAGUAAACUUUAUAUCAAACCUAAUAGGCUGAAUUUCUGCUUUGCCCAGUAGGUGACACUGUGGUCACAUUGAUAAGUUGUGUCCAGAUUGCAAGUUUGUUUCUUACACCAGUUGAAAAAUGACAAUCAUUUAUCUGCGGGAGGAUUAAGUACGGUGACUGCUCUAGCUUUUUAGAUGUUUAAUUAUAAAUGUAACAGAUUAUGAUAAUAUGCCCUAACUUCCUUGCUGUUGUAUUUGCCCUAUUUUUUCAAAACCAGUGACUCCAUGCACUUUAUUGGCAACCUUUUCUUGGAGAGAGUCGAUUCAGCUGAAUGAAGGUUCAGUCUACAUCAAUGCAGUACAGAAAAGGAAGCACUUUCUGCACAUAUAGGUGAUUUGAUUGCACUGACCCCUGCAGUACUGGUCAGGAUUAGCCUGCAUUCAUGAGGUUUUAGCCAUUCUUAGAAGAAUUCAAUGUGUUUCCAAUUAAUGGUCUUACAGAUUUUUAAAAUGCAAUUUAAUUUCUUAUUAUUGGUGUAAUCCAUACAAACUUAUAAAUUUAUUAAACAAAUUCCUCUGUUGACAUUUGUGUAAUAGA